AAUAAAUACUUCUGGCAAAACUUCCGAAAGAAUCAGAAGGGACUAAUGAGACAGUCUUCAAAAGGGGAAGAUGUUGGCUACGUGGCAAGUGAAAUCACAAUGAGUGACGAGGAGCGGAUCCAGCUAAUGAUGAUGGUCAAGGAGAAGAUGAUUACUAUUGAGGAAGCUCUUGCAAGGCUUAAGGAAUAUGAAGCUCAACAUCGGCAAUCAGGAAACAUGGAUGCAUCUGAAUGGUCUGAUAGUCCUUAUCCAACUUUUGAUGUUUCUUCCAAUUGCAAUUCAAGAGAGCAGUCAGAUGAUGAAUCAGAAGAAUCAGUGAAGUUUAAGAGACUGCAUAAGUUGGUCAACUCAACUCGCAGAGUGAGAAAGAAAUUAAUUCGAGUGGAAGAAAUUAAAAAGCCCAGCACUGAAGGUGUGGAUGAACACUCCUUUGAUACUCCCGCAGGACCAGAUGGUAGAUCUGCACUUUACUCUGGAAUUCACAAGAAGCAACUCAUUUUGGAUAAUUCCUCUGAAAAACAGCCAGAUAAUGAAAGUGAUUCACUGACCUUAUCUCCUUCAUCUAGCAGCCUGGACACUUGGGGUACAAACAGGAAAUUGCUUAAGACCUUCAGUAAAUCUGAUAGUCGUGGCCUUAUAAAACCCCCCAAAAAGCUUGGGACAUUCUUUUCUUAUCCGGAAGAGGAUAAAAUACCCAAAGUUUGCCGUUCUUUAACAGAUGGAGAAAUGAAGAACCUUGGCUCUCUCAGUCAUGGGAGAACCUGCAGCUUUGGUGGCUUUGAUUUGGCAAAUCGCUCACUGCACAUUGGAAACAGUUCAGAUCAAAUUGGAAAGGACGGUGAUUUUGUCUACAAAGAAGUGAUCAAGUCCCCUUCGACUUCCCGCAUAUCCCUUGGCAAGAAGGUGAAAUCAGUAAAAGAAACCAUGAAGAAAAGAAUGUCUAAAAAAUACAGCAACAGCAGCUUGUCAGAGCAGGAACCCAAUCUGGAUGUAAGGCCAGAGUCUCUUCAGGCACCACAGCCAAAUACCGAUACUUUGGAUAAACCAAAGUUAAAAGCUGGUGGUUCAGUAGAAAGUUUGCGGAGUUCUCUCAGUGGCCAAAGCUCCAUGAGUGGGCAGACGGUAAGCACAACUGACUCUUCGACCAGCAAUAGAGAGAGCGUCAAGUCUGAAGAUGGUGAUGAUGAGGAGCUCGCCUACCGAGGGCCUUUCUGUGGUCGUGCCAGGGUUCACACUGACUUCACCCCCAGCCCUUAUGAUACAGAUUCUCUUAAACUCAAGAAGGGUGAUAUUAUUGAUAUAAUUAGCAAGCCUCCCAUGGGUACCUGGAUGGGUCUUCUGAACAAUAAAGUUGGUACUUUCAAAUUCAUCUAUGUGGAUGUGUUAAAUGAAGAGGAAGAAAAGCCUAAAAGGCCCACAAGGAGGCGUCGAAAAGGAAGAUUACAGCAGCCCAAAUCUGUCGAGGAUCUCCUUGAUCGCAUCAAUUUAAAGGAGCACAUGCCAACCUUUCUGUUUAAUGGCUAUGAAGACUUAGAUACCUUCAAGCUCCUGGAGGAGGAAGAUUUGGAUGAGCUCAACAUUCGAGAUCCAGAGCACCGCGCGGUUCUCUUGACAGCUGUGGAGCUCCUGCAGGAAUAUGACAGUAACAGUGACCAGUCGGGUUCCCAGGAGAAGCUCCUUGUAGAUGGCCAGGACCUCAGUGGAUGUUCUCCCCGGGAUUCAGGCUGCUACGAAAGCAGUGAAAACCUGGAGAAUGCUAAAAUACGACAGCCUUGUCUCCUGCCCUCAAAAUUAGUCAGUGAAUAUAAUUUUAAGGAUUUCCAUCGAAACCCUCUGGCGAAUUUUCCAAAUCUACCCUUAAUUAAAUCAACAGAAGCUUAUCAGCAAGAAAAGAAAACCCAGUUCAGCUGUGUGCAUCCAAUCUCAAAAAACCGUCUCAAGCCGCCAGCAGCUGUAGAGCUCAAGAAGAAAGGUAGAAGUUUGCCAACUGGUAUCUGUCGGAGCUGGGAAAUUUUAGAAAGAGCCCCAAAUAUGCCUAUGUGGCCAAGAUCCCAUUCUCUUGGAGAUCUUCAUGGAAAUAUUGGCACUGAUAGUAUAAAAUCAGUGGAUGCUUCACCUCUGGAUUCAUCAAAAAAAUCAACUGAUUCUGAAGGUGGUAGGCAGAUGGUGAAAUUGUUUAUGGCUAAUCAAAGAAAAGAGGUUGCUGGUGCCCCUAAGGGGAAGAGAAAGGAAUUCCACUUGUCAGCAACCAUGCCUUCCACAAGAAUGUUCCCUCAGCGUUUGUCUGAGAACUCUGAUGCUCGGACAUCUUCACUUUCAUAUGGUAUGACCUGGACUCCUUUUGAAAGUUGUAAAAAAAGCACCCUUGAUUUUGGAAGAGCUAAUACUUCUAUCCGCAAGGAAAAUGUGGAAACUGAUCAGAAGGACACGAGUGAAGCAAAAACGCAACCCAAAGCAUCUUCACAGCCACCGCCAGUCCCUGCAAAAAAAAACAGGGAGCGUAUUUCUAAUGGACACUGUCAUCUCCCCUCAACUCUUUCUUGUUCAGAUGUACCGUCUUUGCCAGCAAAAAAAAUUACCCUAUCUGGUUCUUCCAGUUCCCAUGAACUGACUGCAUGCAGAACAUUUCCUGAUCAGGAACCCAAAAGUCCUUCCAGCAUAAGGCCUCCUUGGUUGUCUGACCUUCCAGAAACAGCUAGUGUCCAGCAACAUGUGUUAAAACUAGAUCCUUCUUCAGUAAAGAAGACAUCCUGUAACAGAGGACUGGAUCUCGAAAUGUUGAUAGAAAACAAGCUGCAAUCUGAAGAUAUUGAUCUUACAGAGGAGCCCUAUUCUGAUAAGCACGGCCGUUGUGGGAUUCCUGAGCCUUUGGUGCAAAGAUAUGCUGAAGACCUAGAUCAGCCUGAAAAGGAUGUUGCUACAAACCUGGACCAAGUACGAGUGAAGCAGCUGAGAAAGCAGCACCGUAUGGCGAUUCCAAGUGGCGGCCUCACUGAAAUUUGCCGAAAACCUGUAUCGCCUGGAAAUAUCUCUUCCAUAACUGAUUGGCUAGUUUCUGUUGGCCUCCCAAUGUACUCAGUCUCUCUCAGAGCUGCAGGAAUCAAUGACUUAAGUAAAGUGCCUUCUCUGUCACAGACUUCACUUCAUGAGGCUGGCAUCACUGAAGAGAGGCACAUAAGCAAGCUUUUAGCAGCAGCAAGACUUCUGAACCCAGAGACAAUUUAACCCAUUCUGGAAUGUAGUAUUUUUCUGUUGGAAUACAA